AUGAGCCCGGCGGUGAUCCGGUGCUGGGAGCGGGCGCCCGCCCUGGGCGCCAUCGCGGGCGCCCGGAUGGCCGGCGUCGACGUCAAGGUCGAGAGCGACGCCAAGUACCCGAAGACCAACCCGCCCGUCAUGGUUCUCCCCGACGGGUUCGAGAUUUCGGGAGUCCCGAUGAUGCUCCGCUUCAUCGCGCGCACCGCCGCCGCCCGCGCGGACGCCCCGGCCCUCUACGGCGCGCCCGGGGACGCACGCACCGCGGUGGAGGUCGAACAGUGGCUGGACGUGUGCGCGACCCUCGUCGCGGGCCCGACGUUCCAGCCCGUGUGCCACGCCCUGUCCGACUGCCUCGCGGCGCGCACGUACCUCGUCGGCCACGCGCUGACGCUUGCGGACCUCGCCAUAUGGUCCCAGCUGGCCACCACGCCCAUGUGGGACAAGGUCAAGUCGUCGCCCGGCGCGGUGCACCUCGCGCGCUGGUUCAGCUUCAUCGGCGACCACGCGGAGUGCGCCAGGGCCGCCGCGGAGUUCAAGAGCGCAGGCAAGAGCAGCGAGACCGCGAAACGCGCGGCGGAGGUCACGGGGAAGAAGAAGGGCGAGGGCGGGACGUUCGACCUCGACCUGCCCGGCGCGGCGCCGGGCAAGGUGGUCACGCGGUUCCCCCCCGAGCCCUCUGGGUACCUGCACGUGGGGCACGCCAAGGCCGCGCUGCUCAACCACUACUUCGCCAAGAUCUACGACGGCAGGCUCAUCGUGCGGUUCGACGACACGAACCCGACGAAGGAGAAGGACGAGUUCGUCGAGAGCAUCCUGCGCGACAUCAAGACGCUGGGCAUCGAGUGGGACCGCAUCACGUACACGUCGGACUACUUCGACAGGCUCCAGGAGGCGGCGAGGCGGCUGAUCGGCGCCGGGGUGAUGUACGGCGACACGACGCCGGUGGACGUGAUGCGCGAGGAGCGGCUCGCGUGCAAGGAGAGCCGGUGCCGCGGGCAGAGCGUGGAGGAGAAUUUGCGGCUGUGGCGGGAGAUGCUGGCGGGGAGCGCGGAGGGGCAGUCGUGCUGCAUGCGGCUGAAGAUCGACAUGAAGAGCGAGAACGGGUGCAUGCGCGACCCCGUGGCGUACCGGUGCAACCUCGUGCCGCACCACCGCACGGGCACGCGGUACAAGGCCUACCCGACGUACGACUUCGCGUGCCCGUUCGUGGACGCGUUCGAGGGCGUGACGCACGCGCUGCGCACGAGUGAGUACAAGGACCGCGAGCCGCAGUACUACUGGAUCCUCAAGGCGCACCAGAGCGUGUGCCCGGGGCUCCCGGACGUGUGCAUGUGGGACUUCGCGCGGCUCAACUUCCAGUACACCGUGCUGUCGAAGCGUAAGCUCCAGUACUUCUGCGACCAGGGGUACGUCCAGAGCUGGUUCGACGCGCGCUUCCCCACCGUCCAGGGCCUCGUCCGGCGCGGCCUCCAGGUCGAGGCGCUCAGGGGGGCGAUUUCGGCUCCGUCGUCACGAGCGGUGGCCGCGGUCCAUGGUCAGGCGGCGACGCGUCGGUGGUCGUGGGGGCGUCGCAGCGAGCCCCCCGACGGCGUGCUGCGGGGCGCGCUGCGCGGGCCUCGACGCGACCCACGGCGGUGCCGUGGACGGGGAGCGAGUCGGCGAGGGCGCGCUGGCGGCGGGGCUGCUGCUUCGCGGUUCGACGGGCUGGUCCGCGGGCGGCAUCGGCGUGCGCAGUGGACGUCGCGGUGA